AUGAGCCGCGUAAAAUGGGUUGAUGGCCUUCGAGGGAUCGCCUCAUUUGUGGUGGCAUUCAAUCACUACUUUUGCGGUGAGAUCCCGAUGCCAUUUCGCACUUAUGGGACUGAGCCCCCUGAAGAAAACCGACGGCUCAUCCAACUUCCUCCAAUCAAAUUCCUAUGGUCCAUGAAAGCAAUGGUCCUACUCUUCAUGGUAAUGUCGGGUUAUUCAUCUGCUAGAUCUCUCCUCGAGACUAGGGAACGCCGACCGGAUCAGCUCGCAGAUCGUCUGCGGUCCUCGAUCUGUCGCCGGCCUUUCCGCCUUUUGCUGCCUGUGUUUGCAUUAGCUGUAUCUAGCCAAGUAGCCUUUUACUGUGAUCUUUUCAAAGGGGCUUUGGCAGAAGACUUCGCCACUUGGGUGCAGCCAUGGGCGUCUCCCUGGCGCCAUCUGCUCUAUAUCUGCGGGUACAUGGCAGACAAUCUGCAUAUCAUUGAAUUCCAAUGGAAUAGAGGAAUGAAUGCGCAGACGUGGACCAUACCGUUUGACCUCCGCGGCUCUUACAUUAUCUAUUUCGUGAUAUUCGUCCAGGCUGCAUGGAAACCACGCAUGCGAUUCUACUCGUUGGGCAUCAUGGUCCUCUACUUCCUCAGAUACGGUCGAUGGGACAUCUUCUGCUUCCUGGCCGGGCUCGGCCUAGCUGAGAUUAGCAUCGACCACGACCGCACCAGAGACUACAGACGAUUCCUCGGUGGAUCCAUAAGUUACGUCCUGCGUCUCGCUGUGGGGGUUUAUCUGUUCUCUCUAUCCGGCGAAGAAGACAAAUAUCCAGCUGAUUAUCGCUCUCUCGGCUUGCUACAACCUCAGAUUUGGUCUCGCUGGGGCUGGGUCGAUGCGCGACAGACCUGGAACGCCGUUGGAGCAGUGCUUCUCUUCUCGGUUCUCAUGCAGAGUUCCCGCGCCCAGCGAGUUCUCUCCAUGAGAGUCUUCCAACAUCUCGGACGAUUAUCUCUCCCGAUUUACCUUUGGCAUUUGUUGGUUUAUCAGGUUAUACGUAGACCAUUGCGGGAUCGUGUGUGGUGGUCCUUGGAGAAUCGCCCAUACCCUGGUCACUUGAAGGCAGCCGAGAGAUUCAAUUCACUUUUGACAGCAGUGGUUGUAUCUGGUGCUAUUUGUGGCACUGGGGUAUUACUGGUGGCUGAAUUGUAUGCGCGAUUUAUGGACCCGCAUUUCGUUCGGAUGACUAGGAACAUUGAUACUUGGAUCAACCAAAAGGAGGCGGCUAAUAUGAAUGCUGAGUGUCGGAAGGAUAUAUAA